GUUGCGAAAUCAAGCACGUAUGUUGUCAUUUUCGCAACGACCCGUUGUUAUAUUUUUCAACAACGGCUGUUGGUGAAUUGUGCACGAACGUGCUCAAAUUGACACCGAGACGUGGUCAACUUUCGGUACCAACAACAGCCGUGCUUAAUUUGUCCAUUUGUAAUAUUGGUAAUUGCAGCCGAUUACACACGAGUAAAAAAUGACAACGGUGGUGCAUGAUUCACACACGGUCGUUGUCAAUAUGACACCGGUCGUGUAUGAAUUAUGCACCACCACCUGCAUAAUGAUGCACCACCGUUGUUACUUUGUACACCGACGUGCAUGAAUCGUACACGAUCGUUGCCAUUUUAGCAACUACCGUGUAUGAAUCAUGCACCACCGUUGUCAUUUUUUUUACUCGUGUGCAAUCGGCUGCAUAUUUACCAUUUUUUCCGUGUUAUUGAAAGAGAAAGGACGCAUUGUGCAAAAAAUUUAUUGAAAAUGAAUAAUAAUUCGCAAGAUCCUCAAAAUAUCAUUGGUGAGUUGUUAGAAAUCGAUGGCAAUAUUGUUGUGGUUCGCGAUACAAACCAUUGCAGCAGUCAAGAUGCGGAAAACAAUGAGGACGAUUAUAUGUUAAGGGAGUUCUUAAAAGGAAUAAAUAUGGAGUCGCUUUUUGAACAAUUAAAAGCAUCACAUGUAACAUUUCGCAGCUUGCAGUACUUGAAAAAAGAAGAUUUAAAGGAAGCAGUGCCACCAUUGGGACUGCGUGUUGAAUUCAGAGAAAAGCUCUUUGCUUGGAAAAAACGAAAGCUCGGGAUUGAUGACGAAACUAUGUCAGUUCCAUCUAAAAUAGGUGAAUGGUGGAAACGCAACGAGACACCUGCAAGUACUCCUGGUACUCCCGACACUACAGGUUCGAACUGCUCAAAAGCCAAAGGAAUUUUGUCAGAGGAUCUAACGGAAUUGUUAACACAUACCUCGAAGGGGAAACUAGCGCUUGAAUGUAGUAGCGUUAAUAAGAAAUUAAGUGACGAGCAAAGAGAUGAUAUAAUUAAUAUAAUUAUUGAAGAUAUUUUAACCAACAAUGUUACUCUUUACACUCAAGACUAUAUGCGCAUAUUGGAUGAAAUUUGUUCCGUUUUUCCUCUUGAAAACGAAAUGAGGGAUUAUUAUUACAUUUCAAGAAAAGGAAAGAACAACGCAAGCGGAAAACUUUAUGCCAAGUAUAGAAACAAGAAGUCCAAAAGAAUAAAGCUUUUGAUUUCCGAGCCUAGCACAAGCAAAGCAGCAACUCACACAUCUCCUAAUUUUUGUAACAAAGAUGUUCCCGAAAUUGAUGAAUCAGUUGAAAAUUCAUUGAAAGCUUCCUUACUAAGAGAAUGUAAUGAUUGGGGAUCGAUCUGCGAAAAAUGGAAAAGAUCUUUUAACAUACGGCAAAGAGAUAUAAAAAAUUUAAGUAGCCAUACAUUUCUCCUUGAAUGGACGAAGUUGUCCGAUGCAAGAGCUUCAGAAUUGGUCAACAUUGAUUUCGAUAUUAUGUAUCCACAGAAAGGCAAUCUUCUACUUUCUAAAUGGGACCAAUUUAAGAAAAAAAUUUACAAUUAUUAUGGGAAAAAUAUUCAUAACGAACAUUGCAAACAACUCUUCGCAAAUGUUUUGACGGCAAGCAGCAUAGGUAAAUUUUAAUUCCUGAUUUAUCAUAAACAUUAAAAGUAAUAUUUAUUUUAUAUUUCGGUUGCAGAUGCUCAAGAUUAUAUAUACGCAAUACUGUUGAAUUCAGUUUUACCAUCACCUGCUAGGUUUAAAUGUGGAAACGGUAAAUUACGAAAAAAAGUAACAAUAGCUGAUUCGCAGGAAAGUUUCGUACUGCGACUACCGACAAUUAACGAUUAUAAAAGGCAAAUUGAUACAGUCACUGAAAAGUAUUACAAUGCUGGAUUAACUAUACAGCCAUUUAUAAUUGUGGAGGGUUUGUCCGAUUUCAAUAUAAAAGGUUUUUAUGUUUUUUUUAACCACAAUUUGUUAAAAUUUCAAUCGUUCCUCGAAUGUUUAGAUACAUGUUUUAAAAUUUUUCAUGCACUUUCUUUAAAAUAUCCAAAUGCCUGCCAAAUUCCAUGGAUUUUUAUCCAAAAAUAUUUUUAUGAAAUUAAUACUGUAUAUGAUAUAAAAUCAGUUAAUUUGACUUCACUUAUUAAUUUCUGCAACAAUAAUUAAAGUACAAUUCAAAAUGUAUAUUUGCUUUCGUUGCCGUAAGCAUUUUGAUAAGGCAAAUCUUUUAAUAGCUCAUUUGAAAACAGACCAUUUAAUGUCCACUAAAUUUUUAAAAGUACAAUGCGUUCAGGACAACUGUAAGCAAACAUUUACAAAAUUUACGUCAUUCAGAAUUCAUUUAGAAAAACUUCACAAGAAUCACACAAAAGCUCCACCAAUGGUUAAAGCCAUUAAUGUGCCAGUUGAAAUGUCAUCAUCAAAAGAAAAUGAUUAUACAAACAGUGAAACUGUUAUUAACAACAAUACAAUAGAAAAGGAUUUAAAUGUUUUGAAAAAGAAAACCUUAUAUCUGUCUUUACAAUUACAUGGUCAAAGCUAUAUGCCU